AUGGCAGCCAACUUGCCAACCUCCUCGAAAGCGAGCCAUGAAGAACUCAGAAACGAAAAAGAAGGUCAGAGCCACGAUCUUACAAAAGCAGAGCAGGAGAUUCUAGCCAAGCAAUUGAAUUUGCCUCGUGUGAAAGCCUCUUACUUCAUGCUGUAUCGCUAUGCGACGAACAUCGACUUGUUUAUUAUAAUAAUCAGCACAUUUUUUGCAAUUGUUGCAGGUGUUAUAUUCCCCUUGAUGACCGUUGUAUUUGGCUCUCUUACUUCAAGCUUCCAGUCAUUCUUUAGCAGUCAUUCAAAUCCCGCCUCGUUUCGACACGAAAUCAGUCAUUUGUCUCUAUUCUUCGUUUACUUGGGCAUAACAGCCUUUUGUGCAAACUAUAUUGCCACUGUCGGAUUCAUCUACACCGGGGAACACAUCUCGCAAAAGCUUCGACAAAAGUAUCUUGCCGCUAUUCUCAACCAAAAUGUGGCCUUCUUCGACAAACUUGGAGCCGGAGAGAUUACAAGCCGCAUCACCGGCGACAUGGCCACGAUUCAGGAUGGAAUAUCUCAUAAGCUCGGGCUGACAGUUACUGGCAUUUCUAUGUUCUUUGGAGCACUCAUUGUUGGGUUCAUCAAGAACUGGAAGUUGACCUUUAUCAUGUGUACAGCAAUUCUCACAAUGGUGGUCUCGAUGUCCGGCUUUUCUAAACUCAUGGUUCGGUUCAAGCAAAAGUCUGGAGAGUCGUCUGGUACAUCAGCCACCAUUGCCGAAGAAGUAUUCAGCUCCAUCAGAAACGCCACAGCCCUGGGAACACAAGAGAGGCUCGCCGAGGAGUACGAUGGAUACCUUUCACAGGCAGAGAUAUGGGGCUUCAGAAUGAGAGUCGUCACAGGUAUGAUGUUGGGGACGAUGCUUGGGAUCAUUUUCUGCGGCUAUGGCCUAUCAUUCUGGGAGGGUUCUAGACUUUUGGUGAAAGGGGAAAUGUCAGUUGGUCAGAUCAUCACUGUUUUACUAGCAACUAUGAUGGGGUCAACGGCUCUUGGUCAAAUUGCACCUCAUUUCCAAGCCUUCGCAGCCGCAUCCGCGACCGCUGGACCAAUCUUCAGCGUCAUCGAUCGACCUCCCACAGAUGAACAUACCGAUGGUAAAGUACUAGAUCAGGUACGAGGGGAAAUCGAGCUCAAAGGAAUCAAACAUGUGUACCCCUCGCGGCCUGAGGUGGUUGUCAUGCAUGACGUUGAUCUCACUAUCCCAGCAGGAAAAGUCACAGCACUUGUUGGUGCAUCUGGUUCUGGAAAAUCGACCAUCGUGGGAUUGGUCGAGCGAUUCUACACUCCAAUCAGAAGUCAAGUCCUUCUUGACGGUCACGAUAUUCAGACUCUGGAUUUGAAGUGGCUCAGAAGGCAAAUGGCUCUGGUGAGUCAAGAGCCAGUUUUAUUUGGCACUACCAUCUUUGCCAACAUUGCACAUGGUCUCAUCGGAAGCAGAUUUUCGGAUGCUACCGGCGCUGAAAAAAUGGAUUUGGUCGUCAAUGCAGCAAAGAUGGCGAACGCACACUCAUUCAUCACCUCUUUGCCAGAAGGAUAUGACACGAACGUUGGUGAAAGAGGGUUCCUCCUCUCUGGGGGUCAGAAGCAACGAAUUGCAAUUGCCCGCGCUGUCAUAAGUGAUCCGCGAAUCUUGCUGCUUGAUGAAGCCACAUCCGCCUUAGACACCAAGUCCGAGUCAAUUGUUCAAGAAGCUCUUGAUGCUGCUUCUCAAGGGCGCACCACCAUUGCCAUAGCCCACAGGUUGUCUACUAUCAAGGGAGCUGACAACAUUGUGGUAAUGUCCGAGGGUUCUAUUGUUGAGCAAGGCACACAUGAGGAACUCGUUCAAAGCCACGGUGCAUAUUUUCAGUUACUCGAAGCACAAAAGCUCGCGGGAGAUCAAGCCUCACAGCCUAGUUCUGAUGCCCACCCGGAAACUUCUCUAGACGACACAGAGCACCAUGAGUUGUCUCUUGUCCACUCAAAAUCCCAUUCUUUGAGAGAGAAGACAAUCAGCCUAACGAAAACCUUCACUGAGAAAUCCGGACAUAGGCCGCAAGGAGAGCAAAUCAAGUCUCAAGCAAACUACUCACUAUGGACAUUGAUCGCUUUCGUAGCGUCCUUCAACAAGCCAGAAAUCGGUAUCAUGGUUCUCGGCAUCUUCUGUUCCAUUCUAGGUGGAUCAGCCAUGCCUAUUCAGGCAUUGUUCUUGGGCCACGAAAUCUCCGCCCUUUCACUCCCCUCCGAACAAUAUCCCAAACUACGACACGAUGUCAACUUCUGGUCUUUGAUGUUCCUUGUUCUUGGACUCGGAGUUUUCGGGUCUUAUACAGGUCAGGGUAUCACGUUCGCAUACGGCUCAGAGAGACUUAUCUUCCGUGCUCGAUCUCGCGCAAUCCGCUCAAUCCUCCGUCAAGACAUCGCCUUUUUCGAUCUACCCGAGAACUCUUCUGGGGCUCUUGUCUCUAUGCUAUCCACAGAUGUCAACGAUUUAUCUGGGAUGAGUGGGGCAACCCUCGGCGCCAUUUUGAAUGCUCUCACCACUAUCAUCGUCGCGCUAGCUCUCGCCUGUGCAAUAAGCUGGAGACUCGGACUAGUGUGCGCAACAGCAAUGCCUGUUCUUAUGUGUUGUGGCUUCCUCCGUUUCUGGAUGCUCGCACGAUUCAGCAAGCAAAGUCGGUCAGCCUAUCAGGUUUCAGCCAGCUAUGCUUGUGAAGCCACGGCCGCUAUCCGCACCAUCGUAUCUCUUACCCGCGAAGAUGAUGUGCUGGAAACUUAUGAGGCUAUGCUCAUUGAUCAAACUGCCAAAGAUCUGAAGUCUACCUUGAACUCAACUCUCCUUUACGCUGCUUCCCAGGCGGGGAUGCUGUUCGCUUCUGCACUGGGUUUCUGGUACGGCGGCACCUUGAUCUCAAAUCACCAGCUAUCAAUCCAGGACUUCUUCGUUGCGUUCGCAGCAGUCAUCUUCGGAGCACAAUCUACCGGUGGAGUGUUCUCCUAUGCCCCCGACAUGGGAAAGUCAAAGCAAGCAGCAGAGACACUCAAGUCUCUGUUCGACCGAGUCCCCGAAAUCGAUACCUGGUCCGACGCGGGUACAAAGCUUGACAGUGUCGAGGGUUCAAUUGAGUUCCGUGAUGUCAAGUUCCAGUACCCUACCCGUACUACACAAAAGGUUUUGAGGGGUGUUAACUUGACCUUCAAGCCUGGGCAGUACGUAGCUCUGGUCGGGCCAAGUGGGUGCGGUAAGAGCACGAUCGUCUCGCUCAUCGAACGGUUCUAUGAUCCCACUGGAGGCUCGAUAUUCUUGGAUGGAACGGACAUUUCCACUUUCAAUAUCCGGGAUUAUAGAAGUCAUAUUGCGCUCGUUAGCCAAGAGCCGGUUCUCUAUUCUGGAACGAUUCGGGAAAAUAUCAUGCUUGGAACAGAAUCUGAAGUUGGCGAGGAAGAAGUUAUCAGAGCUUGCAAGGACGCAAACAUCUAUGAUUUUAUCAUCUCUCUUCCGGCAGGCCUUGACACCAUUGUGGGGUCGAAAGGUGUUAUGUUGUCAGGUGGUCAAAAACAACGGGUCGCCAUUGCACGAGCAUUGAUCCGUGAUCCCAAGAUCCUACUUCUCGACGAAGCCACUUCAGCCCUGGACUCUACCUCCGAGAAAGUCGUCCAAGAAGCACUUGACCGUGUCUCCAAAGGGCGCACCACAAUAUCCGUCGCUCACCGUCUCAGUACCAUUCAGAAUGCUGAUAUAAUCUAUGUCAUUGAUCAAGGGCAGGUUGUGGAGAGUGGGAACCAUGAUAGUCUUUUGGAAGCAAGGGGUCGGUAUUCGGAGUUGGUGCAGUUGCAGAGGAUGAAGAAGACUUGA